AUGAGUGCAGAAAAUGAUAUAUAAGAAGAGAGAAAUAAUGAAGAAUAGUAUAGAAAUUGGAAAUAGAACAUACCAUUUAUGUAUGAAAUAUGUAUCAAUCAUUAAAAUAAUUGGCCAUCUCUUACAGUUUGUUGGUUGAAUGAAAUAGAAAUGUUUUAUUAAUUAUUAUCUUAGUGAUCAAAAUGAUAAUGAAAUACAUAGAUUGAUAGUAGCUACUUAAACUAAUAAUUAAGAAUAGGAUUAUAUAAAAUUGCUUAAAGUAGCUAUUCCAUAAAAAAUAGAUGAAUAAUUAGAUAACACAUUGUUAAAUAAUAUAUGUAUAUAUAAAUUAAAAUUGUAAGGGAAAACAUAAUCUGUAGGAAAAGUGUAAGAAGAAUUGUAAAUAUCAGUGGAAGUUGAAAUAAAUAGAGUUAGAUAAUAACCAAAUAAUUAAUAUAUUUUAGCUACUUAAGCAGGAGAUGGUGAAAUUGGUAUAUAUAUAAAUAGAAAUAGUUAGGUAUUUAUGAUUUAAGUAAAUAAUCAAAAGUAUAAGUUUUAAAAGGAUAGAAAAAAGAAGGUUAUGGUUUGUCUUGGAAUCUUAAUAAUUUUGGUCAUUUAUUAUCAGCAAGUUAUGAUCAUAAUAUAUAUUAUUGGGAUACAAAUACAGGAUAAUUAAUAAAGUAAUAUAAUUUUCAUAAAGGAGAAGUUGAAGAUGUUUGUUGGCAUCCAUAAGAUCCAAACAUUUUCAUAUCAUGUUCUGAUGAUAAAACAUUUGCAAUGUAUAAUAUAUUCUAAUAUAAUUUAGUUGUGAUAUUAGAACAAGUUAAGGAAUUACAAUAUAAUAAGAAGCACAUGAAUAAGAAGUUAAUUGUGUUUAAUUUAAUAAUUUCUAAUCUAAUUUAUUUGCUACUGGAUCUAAUGAUGCUUAAGUUAAAAUGUUUGAUAUUAAUAAACCAGAAGAAGAUAUCCAUACAUUUUCAAAUCAUGAAGAUGCUAUUUAUAGUCUUUAAUGGUCUCCUCAUUAAAAAAAUUUACUUGCAUCUGGUUCUGUUGAUUCUAAAAUUAUUGUUUGGGAUUAUUUUAAAAUUGGAAAUGAAAUUAAAGCUGAAGAUGAAAAAGAUGGUCCAUCUGAAUUAUUAGUAUAUAUUUAUAUUAAUUAGUUUUAUCAUGGAGGACAUAGAUCUAAAGUAAAUGAUUUAUCUUGGAAUGUUAAUCAUAAACAUUUAUUGGCAAGUGUAGAAUAAGAUAAAAAUAUAUUAUAAAUAUGGAAAAUAUAACCAUAAUUAUGGGAAGAAGAUGAAAAUGAUGAAUAUAUACAAUCUCUAGUAUGA